GGGCUACGCCCUCUCCCUCCAUCACUUCCGGGUCUAGUCGAACGGGGUUGUGAAAAAAAUGGUUGUCACGAUAUUUAGCAUGCCAAUCUACAAAUGACAGAUACAUAUACAAUUAUACAGAGUACACUAUCCAUGUCAGGGUCCAAGAAGGAUUUUCGCAGUAUUGUGCAACUUUUUGUCAUAGACAGGAAUAUUUUAUCUUGUCUGCAAACCCACCGUGAAUUGACUGCUGAGUGACUUAACCAGGUGGUGUUGGCACCUUUGUGUGCCGUCUCAUUCCAAGUCCCAGAGGAACCUUACAGUAGAAGAUGAACGGCCUGUCCAUUAGAGAGCUCUGCUGCCUGUUCUGCUGCCCUCCUUGCCCCAGCCGCAUCGCAGCCAAGCUGGCCUUCCUCCCUCCAGAGCCCACCUACUCCAUGCUGCCUGACCCAGAGGCUACAGCUGCGGCAGCAGCCGGGACCACGCCAGGGGGUGCUCCCCCCUCUCUGGGGGCUCCAGGCCUGCGAUCCCGGCUGGGUGGUGGUGCGGGAGACAGAGGUGGUGGUGGUGGAGGGGGAGGAGGUGGCGGAGAGGGCAGGUGGAAGCUCCAUCUGACAGAGAGGGCAGAGUUCCAGUACACUCAGAGAGAGCUGGACAUGACAGAUGUGUUCCUGACCAGGUCCAGCCGGGGGAACAGGGUGGGCUGCAUGUACAUCCGAUGUGCCCCCAACGCCAGGUUCACAGUGCUAUUCUCCCAUGGUAAUGCAGUAGAUUUGGGUCAGAUGAGUAGCUUCUACAUUGGCCUGGGCACUCGUAUCAACUGCAACAUCUUCUCCUAUGACUACUCUGGCUACGGUGUCAGCACCGGCAAACCCUCAGAGAAGAACCUCUACGCUGACAUAGACGCUGCCUGGCACGCCCUGCGCUCGCGGUAUGGCAUCAGCCCAGAGAACAUCAUCCUGUAUGGGCAGAGUAUUGGCACAGUACCAACAGUGGACCUGGCAUCCAGGUUUGAGUGUGCUGCUGUGGUGCUCCACUCCCCUCUCACCUCUGGCAUGAGGGUAGCUUUCCCUGACACCAAGAAGACGUACUGCUUCGACGCCUUUCCCAACAUAGAGAAGGUGUCUAAGAUCCCAUCCCCGGUGCUGAUCAUCCACGGGACGGAGGACGAGGUGAUAGACUUCUCCCACGGCCUGGCUCUGUUUGAGCGCUGUCCUAAGGCCGUGGAGCCACUCUGGGUGGAGGGGGCGGGACACAACGACAUAGAGCUGUACAGCCAGUACCUGGAGAGACUACGGCGCUUCAUCAACCAAGACCUGGCUGCAGCACACGCCUGAGUGAGGAGGACUAGGGCGAAGAAUAGAACUGGCCUUUGAGAGUCUAAGAGAACGUCUGCUCUCCUGUGUGUUUGUCUUUGGCUGUAGAAGGCAGCCAUUUGAACUUCUUCUGAGUUAAAGGUUGUGAUAACUGAGUGAGAGUGGGGAAUGCAGGAUGUACUGCAGUAUUACUCUGACUAGUUGUUUGACUGUUGCCUGUCCAUAUUAUCUAAUGUGUCUGAAGUGAAAGGGUUGUGGAGACAUUGAUGUCUCUGAAGCCUGAGAUAAACAUGGAGAAUCUGAUCCCAGAUCUGUUCAUGAUCACAAACCAAUCUUGAAUCAGGCAACAAAAACAUAUAUCUAUUUUGUUUUCUUCUGUAAGGAGACCUCUGUCUCUUGAUAGAUUCCUAAUGUGAAUGAACUAUAGUGGGAAAAACGUUUGAGAAAAUAAUGUUCAUUUAUAUCCAGUCUUCUCUGUGGCUCUUGAGACAGGUCCGUUGACUCAUGACGAUAGAGAGAGCAGGACAGUGGAUGGUGUCCGUGAGGCCAUCUCAACUGGCAUUUUCUGUUACAUUUGAUCGCACAUAUACACUAUAUAUACAAAAGUAUGUGGACACCCCCUCAUAAGUGGAUUUGUCUAUUUCAGCCACACCGUUUGCUGACGGGUGUAUAAAAUCAAGCACACAGCCAUGCAAUCUCCAUAGAGAAACAUUGGCAGUAGAAUGGCCUUACUGAAGAGUUUAGUGACUUUCAAUGUGGCACCGUCAUAGGAUGCCAUCUUUCUAACAAGUCAGUCCAUUCAAUUUCUGCCCUGCUAGAGCUGCCCCGGUCAACUGUAAGUGCUGUUAUUGUGAAGUGGAAUCUGCUAGGAGCAACAACGGCUCAGCCGAGAAGCUGUAGGCCAUUCAAGCUCACGGAAUGGGACCGCCGAGUGCUGAAGUGCGUAAAAAUUGUUACAAGCGUAAGCUCACCAUGCGCAAUGCCAAGCGUCAGCGGGAGUGGUGUAAAGCUCGCUGCCAUUGGACUCUGGAGUAGUGGAAACGCUUUCUCUGGCCUGCACAGAGCCCUGACCUCAAUCCCAUCAAACCCCUUUGGGAUGAUUUGGACCGCCGACUGUGAGCCAGGCCUAACUGCCCAACAUCAGUGCCCGGCCUCACUAAUGCUCUUGUGGCUGAAUGGAAGCAAGUCCCCGCAGCAAUGUUCCAACAUCUAGUGGAAUGCCUUCCCAGAAGAGUGGAGGCUGUUCUAGCAGCAAAGGGGGGACCAACUCCAUAUUAAUGCCCAUGAUUUUGGAAUGAGAUGUUCGACGAGCAGGUGUCCACAUACGUUUGGUCAUGUAGUGUAUGAAAUGGUUGUUCACUUUGCUGCUAUUCAACUGUCACUCACAUAAGACUAUUCCUGAGGACUAUUCCUCAUGAGAAAUAAAUGGUGUUUAUAGCAUCUUAUAAAUAACACUUUGACUGACUUUCUGAGAUCUGAAAGGAAUACACAGUCAUUAAUUCACAUUUAUCCUCAAUCUUUAAUCGUGCAUUUUCCUCUCAAAGUAAUAAAAACGUGUAUAGUGUAAAGCGGAGCCACAGAGUUCGUCAAAGUGUUAGAAAUGUUGAAUUUGAAUUGGGUUCCAUGGUGGUUCUAAGUCAAUAGCAUGGAGCCAACAUGGAUGCCAGUUUCUUGAACUGAUGAUACAAUGUCUGGUGUAUAGGAGCUUUUCUAUGGUGGCAGUAUUGAUCCAAGCCAUAAACGAGCCUUUCACUGUUAGUGUGGUGCAGGUUCCACCACAUCAGUCCACACACACACAGAGCGCGCAAGCAUGAUAAGCAGGUCUUAAGUUCAGCACUAUUGUACAAAGCAUCCAAAGUGUAGUUGAAAAUAUAAUGUUUGUGUCUCCUUUGCAUUGUUGACUACCUGCCCCUGCCCCCAGAAAGACCAGAAGCAAGGACUCUAGGAAUGACCUAGUCAUGGAAUACUGAAGUUACUGUCAGUUAAAGUAACUCUCUGUUGAGGGGACACUGUAUGUUAAUGAUUAAACAAUACAUAACACUGCAGUCAUCCUGGGUCAAAGUGGCACUUUGUAGGUGGCUGUUUUUCUAGGAUCAUUUUGAACAGGUAUCUAUUCCAUUUUCACAGUAUGCUGUGUGUCACCAGACCCAAGGAGGUGGAAGUCCCUCAGGCUCCCGUGCCAGACUCUUCAGGGUUCUAGACUCUUCAGAGUUUUAGGCUGGUUAGGGUUCUAAGCUCUCCUAAGAUACAAUGAGACUAGACCGGACUGUCAGUUGUCAUUACUGUACACUACUGUAUGGGUUCUUGCUAAGGUCUCAAAAUAUAAUGGGGACUAAUUAACACAGUGGUUCAUUGAGACUGAAUAGAGAAUAGUCUCACUCACUAUGAUAAUGAAGUGAGGUAUCAAUAUUCUGACAACUUUAUGCAUGUCCAUUAUUUGUGUUUUGCUGGGCAAGUGUUGGGGUAAGUAACGUAGUGUGUGUGAUGCCAGAGGGAAAAUGUCAACUCAAGGUAUCGUACAAUAUAGUGCUUUUUAAACGGGGGUAUAGAUUGAGUUUUUUUAUUACUGAAACUAAACUAAUGUAUUGUUUUGACUUUUGUGCUAGUUUGGAUGGGGGCGGCUGGGUGGGGAUAGAACAUGAGGGUGUGGUUUAUAUAUGGUUAUUGUAGUUACCUAUUCUGUUUCUAUUAUGAUUUGUAAUAUGAAAAAACGACUGACAAUAUGAUGUAAUGUCAUUCAUUCAGGGGACUGAAUCUUGACCUUUUUAUUGACAAUGGGGGGAAAAACAAUAAACAAUUAUGUACAAAAAUAUAAA